GCCCUGUGCUUCUCUACAGUGCUGCAUGGGCGAUAUUAAAGGCUUGCGUUACGGAGCGCGGCAUAGGAUAUCGAAGCAUUCAUGGAAUGGAUGCCGUUUUAAGGCCUUUGGUGGGGUUUGAGUUGCCCCUCCUCGUGACCACCUGCCAGCGGUUGCUUGUGGUUGUACUAAUGCUACAGCACUGGUCGUCUCAUCUCCGCUACUGCCUACUAAGGUAUUUAGCCUUUUGCAGAGCAGGCUACCUUGGUAGUACCUCUGCUGGCUGGGGUUCACAACAAAAGGCACCUACCACUAAGGUCGCUGCAGUUACCUAACAGUUAUUGACUGCUCAUUGGUAGCAACACUCUGGGAGACUCGGUCUUGUUGUUUCCAAAUCUCAUCUAGCAUGUAUGGUUGUCAGAUAUCAAGCAUGCCCAGUCGCGGUGAAGUGAAGCUUUGAAGCAAGCCCAGCUUC